AUGUUACUGCGCAAUGUUGACUCUAUGGCGGCUCUAUAUGCUCGACAGGAGGGAUCAUUACGUUUCUGUCGUUUAAGCCUCGACCAAAUGGCGAAACAAAGCGCGGCUAAACCAGCGUUGUCUGGCGUUUUUGGCCUUCUGCCGGCUAUUUCUGUGGGUUUAUCUGCUCAUUAUACGGUUCGAGACGGUGGUGGUGGGGCUGCGGUAGUGUCCGUGGCAGAUGGUUCCCAUCUGCCUACAAUUACUCAAUCGACAGUCGGAAUACAUUACCACCGCAUGGUUGUUCUCGAACCAAGCGCUCUGCGGGACUGUGGGACAAUUGAAAAGAUGCAGUUGGGACAAAAUCAGGAAGAAAAUGAGGGUAUUUGGUUAUGA